AUGAAUACCUCGAACAGCCACCGGCCGUGGGAGGCCAGGAACGCGAGCGCUCGUACACCUCCCGUACAAACACAGCAAACAUUACCUUCCAUCACUACCUUGACAUCCACCAUGAAUACAGUACCCGCCGAGCAACCACCCCUCAAUCUGUCAAUGAGUGCGGUCCAGAGAGACUCUGGAGCGUGGUCAAUGCCGCCGAGCACUCGUUCAUCAGCCUAUUCCACCAGCACCAAUCCCUACCUCAACUCAUCGCAGCCUUCUCCCAACAGGCUAUCCGGCUCGGAGAGACCGCCUUUCACACCAGACACGUCGGUCACGCCGUCUCCUGCCGGCCCACAACCAUCCCCUGGCUUUUCAAUUUCGCAACAGAAUACGACGUUGCCGUCAAUAAAUCAAAGCUUUGACGCAUCAAGUCAGAAAGGGGUGGGCGAUUUGCAGGAUUCACGUCGCAGCAGUUUAGAUGUUCGAGUACACCAAGGCAUGGACAAACUUGCUCUUAAUGGACAGUCCCCUUACGGAAGCACGAAUGCCUCGCAAGCGUCCCUUGUGUCUGGUCUCCAGAGAGAACGAGGUAUUCAAACGAACGGUUAUCGCGGCCCUCGAUCAUCUGGUGGUUCGCUCUCCUCUCCCCUGGGAUCACGAGCUGCAGAAACUCGAAGCGGAUUCACAGCAGGACGGAUUGCUCCACCAAUCGCAGAAAAUCCAAGGUCAGAGAUUUAUAACGCUGAGGCUCCCACGGCCGGACAAGCUUAUGCUUUCCCCGACCCUGAAGGUCCUGCUCCUCCUCCUCCUCCUCCUCCUCCUCCUCCUACGUAUUCUCGGCGCAACAGUUUCGCCGAUUCUUUCACGAGCAGUUUAUACACGAAUGAUUCUAGACUCCCCCCUGGUCAGCAUGAACUUCCUAAUUCCUUGCACCACCACAGCCUACAGCACAAACAGAUCUCCGACAUUAUGCAUGACCCCGACUCCCCGAACAGCACCACUCCUUAUAGUCGAACGCCUGAGCUCAGAGUUACUCACAAAUUAGCCGAAAGGAAGCGUCGUAGCGAGAUGAAAGACUGCUUUGAGGCUCUAAGAGCACGUCUACCACCAAGCCAAACCAAUAAAUCUAGCAAAUGGGAGACGUUGACCAGGGCGAUAGACUAUAUAACCCACCUAGAAAGCUCACAUAAAUCCAUGCGUAAUGAGCUUGCAGAAUUGCGACAACGAGACCAUGAACGACAAACGCAGCUCGAGAAGCUCGGCCAGCAAGUCAGUCGGUUUCAGCAACAGCAACAGCAACAGCAACAACAACAACAGCAUCAGCAUCAGCAUCAGCAUAGCCAAGCGCCAUAUGAAAGCCAGCCUGGUCCUGGUUUCAGUAAUGGUCAUUUCCAACCAAAUGCAACGGAACCUCCCAGAACACUCCCACCCCUAAUGAAUGGCGCCGGACCCUCCGCCAUGCAAGGCAUACAAUAUUCUGACGAUAGACGAUAA